GUUACGCAUAUGAACGUGCAAAUCAGUUUGAUGUAAGAAGGAAGUUUGAAUUUGUUCAUGUGCGAAAAAAAAAAUUCUUUUCUUUUUGCGGGGUUGUUUACGCUGUUUGCGGGCGCAUGCGCAAACGCGACGGCAACGUUGGCUGCUCUGAAUCUCAGAAAUGGCUCUCCGCUGUAUUUUCCGGAGGCACCUUCGGCCACAAUGUGGACUGAGUUUAUUUGUACGCAGAACGUCUAUUUACACAACAGACCCCUACGACCCGAACGAGCCCAUGUUCAAGAAAGUUUUAAUAGCAAACCGAGGUGAGAUAGCGUGUCGAGUGAUCCGUACCUGUAAAUACAUGGGCAUCAAAACAGUUGCCGUGCACAGCGACGUUGACUCUCGUAGUGUUCACGUUCUGGAAGCCGACGAAGCAUACUGUAUCGGACCUGCACCAUCCAGCCAGAGUUACCUUUGCAUAGACGCAAUACUGGACGUUGUGAAGCGCACGGGUGCCGAUGCAGUGCAUCCUGGCUAUGGCUUUCUGUCUGAAAACAUGGACUUUGCAGCCAAGCUUACUGAAGCGGGAGUCGUAUUUGUUGGUCCAAACUCUAAAGCAAUCCACGCGAUGGGUGACAAAAUUGAGAGCAAGAAAUUGGCCAACGCCGCCAAAGUGAACUGCAUACCAGGGUUCGACGGAGUUGUCAAGACUCCCGACGAUUGCGUGAAAAUAGCGCGAGAAAUUGGUUAUCCAGUCAUGAUAAAGGCAUCAGCAGGAGGUGGUGGCAAAGGAAUGAGAAUAGCCUGGAAUGACCAAGAAGCUGUGGAAGGCUUUCGCAUCUCGACGGAGGAAGCCCGUUCCAGCUUCGGAGACGAUCGACUCUUGGUGGAAAAAUUUAUAGCUAAGCCACGUCAUAUCGAAAUGCAGGUGGUCUGCGACAAACACGGCAAUGGCAUCUACCUGAACGAGAGAGAGUGUUCCAUACAGAGACGCAACCAGAAAGUGAUUGAAGAAGCCCCGAGCACGUUCAUGGACCCUGACACUCGAAGAGCCAUGGGUGAACAAGCAGUGGCACUAGCCAAAGCGGUGGGCUACGAUUCGGCUGGCACAGUGGAAUUUCUCGUUGAUGAGCAUAAAAAGUUUUACUUCCUGGAGAUGAACACCCGGUUACAAGUGGAACACCCCAUAACGGAGUGCAUCACUGGCAUUGACCUGGUUCACCAGAUGCUCCGUGUGGCAAAAGGCCAUCAGUUGCGGAUGACUCAGGCAGACGUUCCACUUCGAGGCUGGUCUUUCGAAGCACGCGUUUAUGCCGAGGAUCCUUACAAGCACUUUGGCCUGCCGUCCAUCGGCAGGCUGCACCGUUACAUUGAGCCCAGCCGCAUUCCCAAGGUGCGCUGCGACAGCGGAGUGACGGAAGGUAGCGAGAUUAGCAUCUAUUAUGAUCCCAUGAUCUGCAAACUGGUGACGUACGGCGAGAGCCGCGACGAGGCUCGCCACACGAUGCUGGAAGCUCUGGACGCCUACGUCAUCCGUGGCGUGACACACAACAUUCCAUUGCUGCGUACCAUCAUGACGGAGGACCAUUUUGUUUCGGGUGAUAUCCACACGGGCUACCUUCCCCAAGUGUUCCCUCAAGGCUUCUCUGGCAUACCUUUAACGUGUACCCAAACGAGACACUUGGUCGUGCUUGCAGCUGCCAUCUACGUGCAGGACCAGCUGAACGCUUGCAAGUUUUUAGACAGCGGAGAAACGUUGCAUUCCUCGUGGAAAGUGCAAGUAGCCACCAAAGACCAGAAAGUCCCGGUUAUCCUAGAGAGUCUGGACGGAGGAAAGUACUGUGCAGAGGUGGAUGGUCACGCCUUGCAAGUGACCCUUCCUGCCGAUCUUUCCAGUCCCCUUCUGGGGGUGUCUGUCGAGGGAAGCAAGUACACGGUGCAGCUGCCGCAGAGGGAUUUUGCGGGAACGAUGAAACUUCUCUUCCAGGGGACGCUGAUGGACGUGACCGUACUCACCCAAGAGGCAGCAGAGUUUUUGGCCCGAAUGCCAGAGAAGCCCGAGGCAGACCUUAGUAAAGUAGUGGGUGCACCCAUGCCAGGUCUGGUCAAGAGCGUAGCUGUCAGGGUGGGCGACAUGGUAGCCGAAAACCAAGAGGUAUGCGUCGUGGAGGCCAUGAAGAUGCAGAAUAGUUUGGUGUCCAUGGCCAUGGGGAAGGUGAAAGGAGUCUUUGUAAAACCUGGUCAAACAGUGGAUGAAGGACAGGUGCUUGUUGAGUUGGAGUGAAAUAAAGUUUAUCCCGUA